AUGGCAAUGGAAUGGAUAAAUGCGAUUGAUAAAAGACCAUGCGAUCGUAACAUGAGAGAUGUGGAAUUAAUAGCUUGCCGUCUGCGUCGAGUGGAGCCUCUUUGUAGAUUAACAAACUCUGCACUACAACAGCUAGCUAUGUGCGGCUUCUAUGAGGAUUUAGAGAAAGGAGUAACUUUAUUUCGUGCUGGUGAACAGGGACGGUAUUGGUAUGCGGUAUUAGGAGGACAAUUGGAAGUUCGGUAUCAUGCGACAGCUGAUAGUGAUGCAAAAAGUCCAAUCACAUUAUGUAACCUUGGUGUUGGCGCGACGUUCGGUGAAUCUGUUCUGACUGACUUACCACGCGACAGUACCGUUGUAACAAAGACUACAUGUGAACUACUGCGGGUUGAGCAACAAGACUUUCGCUUAAUAUGGGAGAAAAACAAGGAAUUAAUGAACGACAUUAUACUGAAUUGUAAAUUCAAAAAUGGUUUUGCAACACCAGUCACACAAAAUAUUCCAGUAUCGCCUACAAAGAAGCAACUGUCACCAGAUCAUCCAAAUCCAGCACUUCCGAUAACUGAAUCACCAAGUCCUGCAAUGCAUAAAAUGGGAUGGGCGUUAAGAACACUUCUGUUAAACGACAGCACAGGAUGCUUGAAAGAUCGAAAAGUGUCAGGUAGAUUGAUAAGAAAAUGUGCACCAGGCAGUGAAUUGGUAGAUUGGCUAAUGAAUUUAUCGCCUGUCGUACACACACGAAUUCAAGCGACUGGCAUGUGGCAAGCGUUGUUGGAGGAAGGUGUUAUUUCACAUGUUGCAAAAGAGCAGCCAUUUAAGGAUAAAGUUUUUCUUUAUCGAUUUCGUGCGGACGAGGAUGGAAGCGGUACAUCUCCAUCGACAGAUGAUACAAGUUCAGCUAAUGAUCACAUUAAAGAGGGAUUAACGCAGCUUCUUCAUCGUGGUCCUGAUGCAACUUUAAGACUAAUUUUAAGGAAACCAUCCCACGAGCGAACGCCGGAGGAAUUGGAAUUAGUAUUUGAGGAAUUGUUACAUAUCCCAGCCUUAUCACACCUUUCAACAUCAAUUAAGCGUGAACUUGCUUCAAUCAUUGUCUUCGAAUCUCAUGCUCAAGCGGGAACUGUUUUGUUUAAUCAAGGUGAUGAGGGUAGAUCGUGGUAUAUUUUACAGAAAGGCAAAGUAGACGUCGUAAUUCAUGGGAAAGGAACAGUUGCAACAUUAAAAGAAGGAGAUGACUUUGGAAAGCUUGCACUUAUUAAUGAUGCCCCAAGAGCUGCUACAAUUGUACUAAAAGAAAAUAACUGUCAUCUGUUGAGAGUGGAUAAGGAGCAUUUUAAUCGAAUAUUAAGGGAUGUAGAGGCAAAUACGCUUAGAUUACAGGAACAUGGAAAGGAUGUGCUUAUACUCGAGAGAGUCGCUAAGCAGCGUGGAUUAACUGCAUUUAAGUAUACUGUGAUGUCGGGAACGCCGCCAAAAAUGCUUGAGCAUUUAUUAGAUACUAGAUUAGGUGUACAAAUGGGACCAAAUGAUGACUCGUUUUUAGAUGAUUUUUUAUUGACGCACAUUGUUUUCAUGCCAAUUGCACAAUUAGUCGAUGAAUUAGCUAGCCAUUAUCAUAACGAACUGGAAAAUCAUUCUGGUGCUGACAGUCCUGAAGAUUAUGAUUAUUUAUUAACAUGUAAGAAACGUGUCGUUCAAUUUAUUCAACGUUGGGUAAUGGCUGUUCGACAUGCGGUUUUUGAGGAUCCUGCCGCGGCACAUUUCAUUGAGGAGAUAGCAACAGAUGUAGAGGCGGAUCCAGCCUUACAAGAAGAAGCUGGAAUAAUUCAUCAUGUGUUAACGCAGAUGUCACGUUACCAAGAAGAUCGACAACAGAAUAUGGGACAAAAGUGGAAAUUACCACCUAAUGGUCAACCUAUAUGUCUCUUUAGUGGCAAUGUAACAGCAACUCGGACAAUUAUUCGCAUGGACGAUGACAUAAUUUUUCGUGUCUAUUGUGCCGAUCAUACUUUUUGUACAUUACGUUUUCCCAUCUUUACAACGGCUGAGGUGAUAAAAAUUUGUGCAGCUGACAAGCUACAGAUUACAACAAAUCGUGGACCAGAAGACUUAGUAUUAGUUGAAGUAAAAUCGAAUGGUGAACGAACCGUUUAUAAGGAUAAUGACUUAAGCAUUCCCACAACAUUGACGCUUAAUGGACGAAUCUUUAUAUCACCAAAAGAUCAUUUAGAUGCUUUAACGCCUCUACCUGAGCAGGAAGGUCCAACGGACGGUUUAGAGAUGGAUGUUGAAGCAUUACCAACAAAAGACUUGGCUUAUCAUAUGACAUUAUUCGAUUGGGAUCUAUUUUGGGCUGUGCAUGAGUAUGAGCUUUUAUAUCAUACAUUCGGUAGACAUCAUUUCAAUAAGAUAACGAGUAAUCUUGACGUUUUCAUACGACGCUUCAAUGAAAUUCAGUAUUGGGUCGUGACGGAAGUUGUCUCCGCAUCAAAUUUGAAUAAACGUGUAGCGCUUCUCAAGAAGUAUAUCAAACUUGCCGCCUAUUGUAAGGAAUACCAAAAUCUUAAUGCAUUCUUCGCAAUUGUAAUGGGAAUGUCAAAUACAGCAGUAUCGAGACUAACACAAACGUGGGAUAAAUUACCAUCAAAAUUUCGAAAACUCUUUACAGAGUUUGAGGCACUUAUAGAUCCGAGUCGAAAUCACAGAGCUUACAGAAUGUCGGUAGGAAAAUUACAACCGCCAGUGAUUCCAUUUAUGCCAUUAUUACUAAAAGAUAUGACAUUUGCACAUGAAGGUAAUAAAACGAGUGUAGACGGACUUGUUAACUUUGAGAAGAUGCAUAUGAUGGCGUCAACAAUGAGAGCUGUAAGGUUUUGUCGUUCAAGGCACUUGGUUCUCGAUCCACCCUCACCAAAGAACAAUGAUUCACAAAUUCGUUCGUACAUUGGUUGCUUCCGUGCCAUAGAUUGUCAAAAGACCCUCAAUUUAUUGUCGAAAAAGGUUGAGCCAAGAUAA